GGGUCUGCCCAUGAGACAAAGAAGCUCCCCUGCUUCCACCAGAUUAACCCCAUUGUUUCUCAAGAUGGGGAUCUGGUAAUUGGGAUCUUUUUAUCCUUGUUCUCAGUUGAAGUGAACAGUUUUAUUGGUGCAAAACUGUUUGAAAGUCAUCCAAACAAAGCUUGUAAGCCUUAUCAAUGGCUGCACAAAAAUUAUCAGCACGCCCUGGCUGUAAUGUUUGCUAUAGAAGAGAUUAACAAGGAUUCCAGUCUGUUGCCCAAUAUUUCCCUGGGAUUCCACCUCUACAACAGCUACCACAGUGAUGAGAGAACCUUGGAGAGCUCCCUGCAGUGGCUCUCUGGGCAGGGCCAGUUCACCCCUAACUACAGCUGUAGGGAGAAGGAAAAAUCUAUGGCUGUUAUUGGGGGAACCACUUCAGCUCUUUCUGUCCAGAUGGGGACCCUACUUGACCUCUACAAAUUUCCACAGAUCAGUUUUGGUCCAUUUGAUUCCAUUCUUAACGACAAGAUCCAGUUUCCUUUCCUAUAUCAGAUGGCUCCCAAAGACUCUUCUCUUCAACAAGGUGUUGUUUGCUUAAUGGUAUAUUUUAAAUGGAACUGGGUAGGUCUGAUUGCCUCUGAUGAUAUGAGAGGUGAAAAAUUCCUCUCGGAAAUCAGAAGACAAAUGGCAAAGAAUGAUGUUUGUGUGUCAUUCACAGAGAAGAUCCCGGUCAGUGAAAGAAGAUACAUGGAAUCACAUGACAAAUUCAUGCCCAGGAUCAUAACAUCAUCAGCCAAAGUGAUUGUUAUUCAUGGUGACACAGAUUCAUUAAUGAUUCUGAGAUAUUCCCAAGUACCUCUUCUACCAAUAGAAAAGGUGUGGAUUGCCACAUCCCACUGGGAUAUUAGCAUGAGACCCCUCUAUAGUGAAGGUAAUUCUUUCCAUGGGGCUCUCACAUUUUCAUACUUGACAAGUGAAAUUCCUGGGUUCAAGACUUUUCUCAAGGUAGUUACACCUUCUAAAUACCCAGAUGAUAUUUUACUUAGGGGAUUUUGGCUCUCAGCUUUUAGGUGCCCAGAUGCACCAGAAAAUCCAGAGCAAGAGAUAUGUUCACCAAAUGCUUCCUUGGAUAUUUUGCCUCUGUGCUCUUUUGAUAUGGCCAUGUCUGGCUUGAGUUACACCAUCUACAACACUGUCUAUGCAGUGGCUUGGGCUCUCCAUGAAAUGUUGAUGAGGAAAUCAGAGAAAAAAUCAAUGGUGGAUGAAGAUGAUUUAGCACUUCAUUCAUGGCAGCUUCACUCCUUCCUGAAGAACAUCCAAUUUAACAACAGUGCUGGUGAUCAGGUGUUUGUGGAUGAGAAUAGAAGCUCUGAGGCUCAGUAUGCCAUUAUGAACUAUGUGUUCUUUCCCAAUGAGACUGAUGCUCUGGUGAAAGUGGGCCAGUUUGUCUCCAAGGCUCCACUUGGACAAGAUUUCACAAUUUGUGAAGAUGCCAUAGUGUGGGGCUGGUGGGAUUCAACGGUUCCUCGUGGAGUAUGUAGUAACAGUUGUGAUCCUGGAUUCAGGAAGACCCCUUUGGAGGGGCAGCCUGUCUGUUGCUUUGAUUGCUUUCCUUGUCCAGAAGGGGAGAUUUCCAGCCAUAUGGAUGCAGAGCAUUGUAUGAAGUGCCCAGAAGAUACAUAUCCAAAUAAGCAGAGAGAUCACUGUGUCCCCAAGCCUGUGACCUUUUUGAAUGUGAAAGAACCUCUGGGAAUGACUUUGAUGUGUAUGGCUGUUUCCUUCUCCUUACUGACUGCUCUAGUUCUUGGGGUCUUUGUGAAGUUCCAAGACACUCCCAUAGUGAAAGCCAAUAACAGGACUCUCAGCUAUACUCUCCUCAUCUCCCUCAUCUUCUGUUUCCUCUGCUCCCUGCUCUUCAUAGGUCGUCCUACCACUGCCACGUGUCUCCUCCAACAAACAGUAUUUGGAGUUGUCUUCACAGUGGCUAUUUCUUCCAUUAUGGCCAAAACCAUCAUAGUGGUUCUGGCUUUCAGGGUUAUAAGGCCAGGGAGCAGGAUCCGCAUGUUUGUACAUCCUACAGCGUCCAUCUAUGUUGUUCUCAUCUGCUCAGGGAUUCAAGUGACUUUCUGUGGCAUCUGGCUGGGCACCUCUCCCCCCUUCCCAGAGGCAGACACACACUCUGAAUAUGGCCACAUAAUCCUUAGAUGUAAUGAGGGCUCUGUCUUUGCAUUUUACAGUGUCCUGGGCUACAUGGCCCUUCUGGCUCUGGGGAGCUUUACUGUGGCUUUCCUGGCCAGAAAUCUGCCUGAUGCCUUCAAUGAAACCAAGUUCAUCACUUUCAGCAUGCUGGUGUUUUGCAGUGUCUGGAUCACUUUUCUUCCCACAUAUCAGAGCUCCAAAGGGAAGGCCAUGGUCACUGUGGAGAUCUUCUCCAUCCUGGCCUCCAGUGCUGGGUUACUGUGUUGUAUUUUUAUUCCAAAAUGUUAUGUGAUCCUCCUGAAGCCAGACAGAAAUACUCAGGAACAGAUCAAGAAUAAAUAA